AUGGCAGCAUCAGCUCAAGUGCCAUUCGCUCAAGUGCCGUUCGCUCAAGUGCCAUUCGCUCAAGUGCCAUUCGCUCAAGUGCCAUUCGCUCAAGUGGUGGGGAGUGCAGCGGCGACCAGAACGGUGGGUACCCGGCUCGCAACGGCAACCGCGACCUCGACCGUCACGGGUUCGCCGAAGGGAGGGGUGUCAAGAGGCCCUACCGCUCGCACGAAUGCAGCGCCAACGUGCGACGUUCUGCGGGCCUUGCUCACUGGCUCCGGAGGAAAGGUGAACAUCAUCAAGGUGCCCACCGGCACCCUCAAAAUCAACCUAGCAAAUGUCGUACCAGGCCAACGACUGUAUCUCCCUAUUCAAAACCCGAAGCGUCAGGCCCCAGAGCUUGUGAAGGCCGAGGACGCGGCACUGACGGUCCAGAACGCGGCACUGAAGGUCCAGAACGCGGCUCCGACGGUCCAGAACGCGGCACUGACGGUCCAGAACGCGGCACUGAAGGUGCAGAACGCGGCUCCGACGGUCCAGAACGCGGCACUGAAGGUCCAGAACGCGGCACUGAAGGUCCAGAACGCGGCUCAGACGGUCCAGAACGCGGCUCCGACGGUCCAGAACGCGGCCUCGAUGCUGCAGAACGCGUCCCCCCGUGGGGUGGGCGCGGUCUCGGUGUCUCGGAACGUGGCCG